AUGCAUCAGGAUCACAACAUCCCAUGGAAUCUCCUAGCUUCCCACCUCAAAUUCGUCCAUCAUGAGUACACAAAAUCACCCCCAACGACGAACCUAUACCCCCGCGACAAGCCAACCCAAGGAAAAGAGCUAAACUACUUUGUUGAGGCACUUUGUAGAACAGUCCAGCAGUUCUCUCAAACCGAGAGGGCAAAGUAUCCAGCAAAGUUUCCAAACCUCGGCACAUGGGACGAGUCCAAGAAGGCCCUCGCCAGCAGCUACAGAUCUGAUGCCACCCAAGAUGCGUCACAGGGCGAUAGAAGUCAUGAAGAUACCGCCGCCUUGAUAGAGAAAAUCUCCACGGAACCAGAGUAUGCGGAUGAGAUAAUAGCGCUUUUCCAAUCCGACAACAUGGAGCCCCUCCUCGCAUUAGCAAACCAGCAUCCACAUGAAAUAUCUAGAUCGCAUAACGAGAGUCCAGGAAGAGCCUACGUCCCUUGCGGCUGGCUGCAGUUAGCGAGACAUAGUCUUCGGUUUUACCUGCUUCUCAAUGUGAUUGAAGCAAUGCCGGAGGCGAGAGAUUCCGGGAAUUACAGACACCUGCCUCCUUACACGACGGUUCUGCAUGAACUCGUCUCACAUGCCCUAGAAUGGGACUGGGCGGAACACCGAUCAUUCCUGUUGGACCCCAAGCACGGGCAUCAGGUCAAGAUGAACAAUGAGUUGAAUGCAGCUGAUGUCUUCAAGGACUAUGACAAGCUUCAAGACUAUCUCUCUGAUUGUUUUAGAACUGUCUACAAAUACCACAUGCUUGCUACAGAGUGUGGGCUCGGCUGGAUGUGGAAGGACUUUGUAAAAAAGACUGUGCAUCAUUUAUGGGAGUUUAAGACGGAGAAUCAGUACGAAGUGGAUGAUUGGGGGUUUGUGUAG